AUGUCAUCAGUCUCGCCGGAUGAUGUCCCCAUCAUUCGACAAUCUCCGCUAUCACGCUUCCGCUCAUCGACGCUUCUCAUCCUAAUCGUCGUCUGCUCUGCCGUCUUCACAGACAUCUUCCUCUACGGGCUCCUCGUCCCCGUCCUACCUUUCGCACUCACCUCCCGCGCCGGCGUCCCUGUCUCCGAAAUCCCUCGCUGGAAUGGCAUCCUUUUGGCGCUCUACAACCUCGGUCUCUGCAUCGGCAGUCCUGCGUUCGGCUUCCUUGCCGAUCGCAUGUCCAGCCGCCGCCUACCGUUCCUCGCAGGCUUGGUAGCGCUGGCGGCUUCCACGCUGCUGCUAUGCCUCGGCCGUAAUGUCGCUGUCAUCGCAGUCGGGCGAGUGCUGCAGGGGCUCAGCGCGGCGAUUUGCUGGGCGGUCGGUCUGGCUCUCCUGGCGGACAGCCUCACGGAGAGGGUCGGCUGGGCGCUGGGCUGGGUGAAUUGGGCGAUGACGGCGGGAUUCCUCUUGUCGCCGAUUCUGGGAGGCCUUGCCUAUGAAAAAGCGGGCUACUAUGCUGUUUACUACAUGGCAUUUGGGCUCAUCGCAUGCGACAUCGUUCUGCGGUUGUUCAUGAAGGAGGGGAAGGCCGCUCGCACGCAAAACGCCAACGUGACGGACGAAGGUGCUCCCAGCAGGGAAACUCGGCCAGUUGAGGCGGAUCUGGUUGAACCGACUCAUGAAAGACCUGGAGGUCGAUCUCUCCAGGCUGGCGCAGGGGUUGCCAACUAUUGGGCAUUGAUUAAAUCCCGACGAUUGCUCGCGUCCCUCAUCGGUUGCAUUAUGCAAUCAGCCUCCAAGUCAGUGACGACGACUCUCGCUCAAGUCCUACUCUCAACAUUUCACUGGGAUGCCCUCGCCGCCGGCCUCAUCUUUCUGUGCGUUCUUCUACCGGGAUUCCUGUCUCCCCUGGUGGGCAGUGUCGCGGAUCGUUACGGCACAAAAUGGCUAUCCUUUGCGGGUUUCGCCCUCUCAGUCCCACUGUUCGUGUGUUUGCGCUUCGUUGCCGAAAACACCCUGUCGCAAAAGGUACUCUUGGGUGCGCUGCUUACACUGAUGGGCAUCGCCCUCACGCUCUCCAGCACGCCUCUCAUGGCGGAGAUAACGUACGUCAUUGAAGACAAAGAUAAAGAAAAGCCUGGAAUAUGGGGCACGAAAGGUGUAUACGGUGUAGGCUUUGGUCUUUUCACGACAUCGUUUGCGCUGGGCGGCGUGAUUGGGAGCUUCAUGGCUGGGUACCUGUACGAUGGGCCCGGAUGGGAGACAUUUGGCUGGGCCUUUGGGAUCUGGUGUGCAGGAGGAGCGGUGAUAUGCGCUUUCUUCGUCGGCAAACCGGCGACUUGA